GGCAGCCACUCUUACUCUCCCAUUCUACCCAGCCGUUUCCUCUGAGACAGAGAGAGAGAGCGCCAAGAUGAAGUACAACCCAAGAGUCUCGAGCUCUCGCCGCAAAAGCCGGAAGGCACACUUCACGGCGCCGUCGAGCGUGAGGCGCGUGCUGAUGAGCGCGCCACUCUCGAACGACCUGAGGAGCAAGUACAACGUGCGGUCGAUGCCGGUGCGCAAGGACGAUGAAGUCCAGGUGGUGCGCGGGACGUACAAGGGUCGCGAGGGCAAGGUGGUCCAGGUGUAUCGACGGAAGUGGGUCAUACACAUCGAGCGGAUCACCCGCGAGAAGGUGAACGGGUCAACUGUCAACGUCGGCAUCAAUCCAUCCAAGGUGGUAAUCACCAAGCUCCGCCUCGACAAGGACCGUAAGUCCCUUCUCGACCGCAAGGCCAAGGGUCGCUCUGCUGCGGACAAGGACAAGGGCUCCAAGUUCACUGCCGAGGAUAUCAUGCAGACCGUCGAUUAAUUCAAUAUAUCAAGGAAACAUUUUUCUGGGACUUUCAAGCUUCUGUUAUUACCUUUAGUAUGUUCUUGAAUGUUAUAUUUGUUGGAUCUAAAUAUUUGGGUCUCUCGGAGGUCUGGAUGUUUUGGUGUUUAAGUGAUGAAUGCGAAAUUUAUGAGUUUCUGCUAA